AUGUCCGGCCUGGAUGAAGCUGUCCAGGACGUGACAGACGCCAAACAGAUGGGCCUGGACGCGUUUGCCCUCAAUGUGCAGCAGCCCUCCGCUGAUUUCACGACCUCCUCCGUUGGCUGGCUCUUCGAGGCGGCGAACCAGAACGGCUUCAAGCUUUUCUUCUCGUUCGACAUGACCACCAUCGGCGCGCCGUCCGACUUCCUCCCGCUCUUCAACCAGUAUGUGGGUAACGCCGCGUACUAUCAGCACGAGAACCGUCCGUUCGUCAGCACCUUCGACGGUGGCGCCAAGUCGUUCGGGGCGAGCAGCCCCAACCAGGGUUGGCAACAGCAGUUCAAAGACGUGCUCUCCGGCCAAGGCAUCAACCCGUUCUUCGUGCCCGACUUCGACGACUACACCGGCUCCGCGGGUUCGACGUACGACUCGACGUUCUUCAGCAACUACGGCUCUGUCGACGGCGUGUUCAGCUGGGAGUCCGCCUGGCCGGAGAUCAGCGAGGGGCUCGUCAACGUCAGCAACUCCAAGGACCAGGCGGGCCUCCAGGCCGCGCAUGCUGCGAACAAGGUCUACAUGAUGCCGCUCUCCUCCCUGCAGUUCAAGCACAUCGACAGCGGCCAGAACUGGUACCGCAUCGGUGAGCUCAACCUCCCGGAGCGCAUCGGGCAGGUGCUCGCCCUCCAGCCCGACUUCGUCGAGAUCAUCACCUGGAACGACGCAGGCGAGAGCCACUACAUCGGCAACAACUGGCCCGAGGCCAUCUCCGGCGCCCCCGCCAUCCAGGCCUACUCGAACGGCUACGACCACACGUCCUGGCAGGACGUCCUCGCGCCCUUCAUCACCGCCUACAAGGCGGGCAAGACGAGCCUCAAGGACGUCACGCCCUUCGGCGCGUUCGCCGGCGCGUACUGGUACCGGCCACUCCUCAAGGGCGCGUCGUGCUCGGGCGACAGCCUCGGGAAGCCGCAGGGCUGGGAGAGCGCGCAGGACACGAUCAACAUCGCCGUCCUCCUCCCCUCGAACACGUCCGGGACGACGAUCCGUGUGACGAGCGGCGGCAACGUCGUCGCGAACCUCGCUACUACCGCGGGCCUGAACUAUGCGGCUGUGCCGAUCAGCACUGGGGCGCAGAAGGUCGAGCUCGUUGAUGCGAGUGGGAACGUUCUGGGUGCAGGGAGCAGCACGCAGGACGUUGUGGCGGACACGAGCGGCACGUGCAACUUCAACUACCAGGUCGUGCACAUAGCGUAG